UCCUGGGGACAGGAAACCUUCGCGACCGAGCUGCCACUGCCGCCUCCCCGUCCGCCCCCCACUCCGCGCGCUUGCCACACCCUCUUCUUCCAGCAUCCUGCUUGGAGCACUGCAGGCUCUCGGCCGAGCUGCCGUAUCCCCCUCCCGGGGGAAAGCUGUGACCCCCUCCCCGCAGGAGCGGCGGGGCGGGGUUGGGGGGGGGGUGCGGGAGAAGAUGGCGACGCCGGGAAGCGAACCCCAGCCUUUCGUUCCUGCCCUCCCGGUGGCUACUCUGCACCCACAUCAUCAUCCCCACCACCAGCACCAUCAAUACCACGCAGGAACCGGGUCCAGCGGCGGGGUCGGGGGAGGCGGCGGCGGCGGCGGCGGCGGCGGGGUCUUCAACCUGCCCUUGAACCGGGGGCUCGAGCGCGCCCUGGAGGAAGCGGCCAACUCCGGGGGGCUGAACCUCAGCGCCAGGAAAUUGAAGGAGUUUCCCAGGACAGCAGCCCCUGGGCACGACCUCUCUGAUACCGUGCAGGCAGAUUUAUCUAAAAACAGACUGGUUGAAGUCCCAAUGGAAUUGUGCCAUUUUGUAUCACUGGAAAUUCUUAAUUUGUAUCAUAAUUGUAUCAAAGUCAUUCCUGAGGCCAUCAUUAAUUUGCAGAUGCUGACUUACUUAAACUUAAGUCGAAAUCAGCUGUCGGCCCUGCCUGCCUGCCUCUGUGGUUUGCCUCUCAAAGUCUUAAUUGCAAGUAACAACAAACUUGGAUCACUGCCAGAAGAGAUAGGUCAGCUCAAACAGUUAAUGGAGUUGGAUGUCAGCUGCAACGAGAUCACAGCCUUGCCCCAGCAGAUAGGUCAAUUGAAAUCGCUCCGAGAACUGAAUGUCAGAAGAAAUUACCUUAAAGUUUUACCACAAGAACUAGUAGAUCUUCCCUUGGUAAAGUUUGACUUUUCCUGCAAUAAAGUGCUCGUGAUUCCCAUUUGUUUUAGAGAGAUGAAGCAGCUGCAAAUAUUACUACUCGAGAAUAACCCUUUGCAGUCUCCUCCAGCACAGAUUUGCACAAAGGGGAAAGUGCACAUAUUCAAGUAUCUGAGCAUACAAGCAUGCCAAAUUAAGACAACUGACUCCCUUUAUCUCCACACAAUGGAGAGGCCACAUUUACACCAGCACGUGGAAGACAGCAAGAAGGAUUCUGAUUCAGGUGUUGGAAGUGAUAAUGGAGAUAAACGAUUAUCUGCUACAGAGCCUUCUGAUGAAGACACUGUUAGCCUCAAUGUGCCCAUGUCAAAUAUCAUGGAAGAGGAACAGAUCAUCAAGGAGGACUCACACCAUCGCCUUAGCCCAGUUAAAGGGGGAUUUCAUCAACUGGAUCCUUCCCUUUUGGGUGACAAUGAAACCUCAGGAGAAGAGAGAGCCCAAUUUACUGGUGGAAGAGCUGUUCUCCAUUCAGAAUUCAUAAACUAUAUUAAGGAUCGAGCUGAGGACUGUGAGGAACUAUUGCGGAUAGAAGAGGACGCACACUGGCAAUCUGAGGGGCUAAUAAGUUCAUCCAAAGACCACGACAUGGACCUAGAGAUGAUUGAACAGCUGAGAGAAGCAGUAGAUUUGCUGCAGGAACCUAAUAGAAUAAGCACAGAUGUUGCAGACAGAAGUGUUGUAAAUUUCUAUCCUACGGAAUCAGCAGAAGCCUUAGAUUUACAAGAUGCUUCAAUAAAUGGUCCGGUGCAGCUGGAGACACCCCCUGUGUGUGAGGUGCAAAAUGAUCUAACAUUAGAGAGUAAUGGGAACGAGUAUUCUCCAAAUGAGAUUAGAGAGAGCUCCCCUGCAGUCUCUCCUACCAGCAACAGCACAGCUCCGUUUGGCCUGAAGCCUCGAUCAGACCCAGCCCUCACUCUCCCUCCUAUCUCCUUCAACAAACUUACACAGGCACAGACAUGGGACAACUCUAGCUACAGUGUUCCAUCUGAAGGAGACAGUGACAAUGUGUUUAUAAGACCUCAGAGAAAUUUGGAAUCUAUAGACCCACAGUUUACAAUUCGGAGGAAAAUGGAGCAGAUGAGAGAAGAAAAAGAACUGGUGGAACAACUCCGUGAGAGCAUCGAGAUGAGACUCAAGGUCAGCCUGCAUGAAGACCUGGGGGCCGCACUCAUGGACGGCGUCGUGCUCUGCCACCUGGUCAAUCACAUCCGCCCUCGGUCCGUCGCAAGCAUCCAUGUCCCCUCACCAGCAGUUCCCAAACUUAGCAUGGCCAAAUGCAGAAGAAAUGUGGAAAACUUUUUGGAAGCAUGCCGGAAAUUAGGAGUACCGGAGGCUGACCUCUGCUCUCCGUAUGACAUCCUGCAGUUGGAUUUUCGUCACAUUCGAAAGACUGUUGACACUCUGCUGGCACACGGGGAGAAACCCCCACAACCAACUUCUACCCUCCGCUCCAGGGACCUUAUAAGCUUUUGUCUUGUCCAUAUUCUCUUUAUAGUGCUGAUCUAUAUCACUUACCGCUGCAAUGUUCUGCCCGCAUAAUGUCUGCAUGUGUGUCCAAACACGCCGCUGUGUCACCCUGAUCCAUUCCAGGGUCCUUCCUUCAUCUGAGCCUUGCCUUGCAAACUGCCAUCCCUGUCAUCUCUUUAGUAAUCUCUUGAGUUUUGAAGCUGAACUUUUACAAAUCACAUUUUACAAAAGCAGACACUUUAUAGAAUGCAGUUCCUGUUGAAUAAUUUCUCUCACUUACUGAAAAGCAGUGCAGUAAAGCGUAUCUAUAACUCAUGCUUCCUCAUUCACAUGGUGCCGGCAGCAGUGUUAUGCAGUUCCUCUUCUCUCUCUCCCAGCGAGCUUAACUGCCCUGGGUAGAGUGCAAGAAGGUUCUAGAACAGGAGCAGAGGGGAUUUAGCACAUGGAAAUCUUUCCUUUAAGUCAGUAUUUAAGUCGAAUCCUAAUUCAGGACUGGGCAAUUGAGCUGUACAGGGGCUGCCUUGCAGAGGAGACAGAAAACCAACAUUUUUGGCUCAAUUUGCUCCAUAAAAAUCUUAAUAUCACUAUUGACCAAGUUGAAAAGUACCAUUGGAGAAUGACUGCUUUGCUGGCCAUUCAGUUGGAUUACACCGUUUCCUUCAAUGCGAGUUGUGAAGGAGCCGCAGGGCUGGUUGCGGCCCACUUCCACCCUGAACAAGCGAGCCCCUCUGCCGGCCUGCUUGAGGCAAAGCUAUGCAGGAGGGUCCUACUGCCCUUAGAGCGCCACCUGAAGGAUUUCACUUGCACACCACUUUAUGUAUAUUUUUACAGCCUACUUGUUAGGUCUCUUCUGAGGCACUUAGAAAAGCAUUUUCCAGAAGGGGUUUCUGUUUUUAAAUAACGUAAUAGGUUGUUUUGCUUCUGUGCCACAUCACAUCAUAACUUCAGGUUCAGAUUGUGAUGGAUUUGACUGUAUUCGCUUUCGAAUAAAGCCAUGAGUCAUGGGACAUUCUUGGUCCUGGGGCUUGGGUCACUAUGGCAGAAGCCAGUAAUAAGAUUGCGCUUAUUUUAGAAGAAUGUAGUUUCUCUAAUGACUUGAAAUUUCCAUUUAACCUUUGAUUUCCAGUUUUCAGUUUUAAGAUUAAUGGUUUAUGUAUUAACUGUCCACUUCUGAAGCAAAAGUGAUCAGUUUGUAAUUAAAAGAAAAAACCAUUAGAAUAUUAUACAUGCUGAGAUAUUUUUAAAAGAUGUUUUUUUCUAGUAGAGAAGGCCCUGCAUCAACAUUAAGGCAGUCUCCCCUAAGGUCAGUUUACAUUUGCUUGCCAGGUAAUAUUUCUUAAAUUGGAGAGAUGAUGGAGUUAACUUCAUGAUAAAUUUCUAGUUUGCUGAGAUGCAAACAGUCUUCAUAGACACUAUGAAGAAGAUAAUUUUAUUUUUCUGAACAUGUCCAGAGGGCCUGAGAAUAUGGAAAAGCUUAGAUAGUUAGAAGAGUAUAUUUAUAAUGAUUCUUUGUUGCUAAAACAGAUCAGCUAUUCUAGCAGGAAACAUUCUUUACAUGAUAAUAUCUUGAGUUAACUGAGCUUUUUCCUCCUGAUUUCAUGGUGAUUGGUGAAAUACAGAGUAUGAGUAAGUUAUUAAUUAAACCAAGUUGUAUUAAGUAACCUGCAGAAUGUACAGAACUGCCUUGGGUGCUAUCUUGUAUUCAUCAGUCUGUAACACAAUAAAAUCCCUUUGUAUGAUGUCUCACAAGCAGCCUGAGCCAGAAGUUGCUUAGUAAUGCAUUUUGGGUGUCCAAGUCUUUGUCAGCCCGCUGUUAGGGUGAUCUGUGCGUGCCCUGAUUGGCUCUCAGCGGUUCUACCUGGCUCUGCGGUGCAGUGGGGCUUCCCUUUAAUAAUCACCACUGGGUUUUUCCUCUUCUGUAUGGAUACCAAAAGGGAAGAAGUGAGGGGACUUACUGGUGGCCACCUGAAAGAACAUUCUGUCAAUAAAAACUGAGUAGAACAGUUAGAUGAGAUCAGAUGUAAUUUUCAGUGCUGACUUGGCUUGUUCUCCAGCUGCAUUCAUGUCUCAGUUCUUUGCACGCCCUUUGGUUACUCCUGUCGUUAGUGUUUCUGUGUACUAAUGUGCUGCUCCUCUCGGAGUCUGUUGGAUGGUAUUUUCUCAUCAAGGAGCAUGGUAACUGGCGAAGAACAAUUAAUUUAGUCCUUUUGGCAACACUUUGAAUGUUUUGCCCAUUGUCAAGCUGUUCAUUUCUUUCCAGAAUAUUAAGCCCUUCCAUGUUUUUUUCCCAAGGCACCCACACAUCAGCUCAUAUGCUAGUUUGCUGCCUGUCAUUGCAGCGUGACUGGGGAGACCUGGCUGGCCUACUUGUCCUCUGAGAAGUGGUCAGGAAGUUAGUUGUGUGAUUUAUGUGUGCAUACUAAAUCUCCUUCCUCUCAAAAAAAAGGACAGUUUUUCAGUACUCUCUUCCAGUGUCUGAUAAAAAGAAUCACUUACUCAUUUACAUUUUCUUUUUGGUAUAGAUAGAUCUAUAUGAAAUAGAAGGUUCUCUUUCUCGAGUUUCUCCAAUUGGUGGCAACUCUCCAGUGUCAGGAUUUCCACAAUGUGUGACAAUUAAUUUCUAUUAAUUCCUUCUAUUUAUGGAUUUGUGGUUCUAUGUGGCUCACUGUUCUAGUGAAAGACAUUCGUGAAAUGGGGCUGAUGGAAAGGGGCUUUCAGAACUCAGAAGAUAACUGAGUAGGAAUUUCAUCCUUGAGAGUAGAUAGAUAAAUCCUGCUGCCAUUUAUGUGAGUAAGAAAUUAAAUUUAGCACAUGGUGCCUAGUGUUAUCUCUCUAAAAUCCAUGCUGGUUCCUGUCACAAGGACAGAAGUCGUAAGACUAAGGGCAUAUUACCUGGACAGUAAAAGAGACAGACAACAGAUUAAAACUUCAGGAACCUGAAAGUAAUUUUGGAUUAGUUGAAAAAUAUUUUAAUUAAUUUUAUUUCAGGAGAUUUUGUUUUUAAAAGGAGGCUGCAGAUUUUAAAAUUAGUUCACAAUAAAUAAUCAGUUAAGUAUAUAGAAUGUGUACUUUUUUUUUCUUCUUUAAGACUGUCAGGGUCCGGUUCCUUAGCUUUCACUGCGAUUUUGUUCCUGCUUGUGUUCCUUCAUUCAUGCUUCAAAUACUGAAUGAGCAAUCUUUGUGCAAAGCUCUGUGGUAGGCCUUGGGGAUAAAAAGGUGACCAUGACACAUGACCCUGUCCUCAAAAAACUUAUAAUCUAGACAACUUUUUCUGUGAAGUGCCAGAUAGUAAAUAUGUUAGGCCUUGUGGGCCAUACCAUCUCUGUUACGACUACUCAAUUACUGUUGUGGUGUAAAAGCAGCCAUAGAGGAUUUGUAAAUAAAUGGGUGUGGCUGUGUUACAAUAAAACUUUAUUUACAAAAGCAGGCUCUGGGCUGGACUAACCUGCAGGCUGUUAGUGUUUGGACCCUUAACUAGUAGAUCCAGUGAACAAAUAAGGAAUUGAAUAUGAUAAGGAUGUGUGGUAGAUUGGGUACAAGAUUUCUGUAAAACCUGUGGAAAGAAGACCUUCCCUGAUAACAAUGGGUAUCUGUGAGGCCUUCUUGGAACUGUGAUAUUCGCACUGAGACCUAAAAUAUGUGUAGGAAUAGUCAGACGGAUGGGGUGUGGGUUAAGGAGGUGAGAGGAGGGCAUAUGGUGUGGAGAAUGAAGUGUUAAGGCCUAGAAGGUAGCAUGGCUGGAAAGCAGAGUAUCAAAUGGGAGAGGGACAAGAGAUCCUCUCAGUCCGUAAAAGUGUGACAUGGUCUCCACUUUAUAUUAGAAUAAACUGGUUCUUGGAGAGCUCAUGUGGCAGAUCAGGAACUUGAAGCUCUUUUAUGUUAAAAAAUGCUGACCAUUUUGUUUUAAGGUUCAAUCCAUUUAGUGGGAGGAAUUUACAUUUUAGAAACAGUUUGAACAAUAUGAAUAACAUGCUAACAUAAAUGACUUCAUUUCAGUCUAGCAGCUGCCCUGGAGGUAGGCAUGGGGCUGUUUAAGAGCAUAAGAAACUAUAGAAAGAGGAUAGCUAGCCAGAGGCUGCUAUCCGCCUGCUGUCACAGGCAUUUUCUUCCAGGACAGGUGUCUGUCCCUCACUGCAUGAGAAGCCAACUGAGCUACUGGCAGAGCUAAUACCUUUUACUGAAUUGAGGGUGCUCUGAUCCCCACCUGACACUGAAUUCUGUGGGAACUUGCCUCAGUAGGACUCCAAGGGUUUGGGGCCUCUUCCUGCCUCAUGGGCACAGACAUAUACUCUCUUGUUAAUCAAGGAAUUUGUGGGAAGCAGCAUGAAGUCUUGGGAAAAGCCCAAGUUCUAAGACUGAGAUAUGUUCAGAUCCAAGUUCCAGUACUUACCAACUGUGCGGCUUUAACAAAGUUACUUAAACUCUCUAUGUCUUAGAUUUCUCAUCUGUAAAACAGAGAUAUAAUAUCUACCUUACAGGGUUGUCAUAAAGAAGUAACCAGUGCAGAUCUGUAGCAUUGGUGAUGGGUAUUUAGGAGGUGCCCUGGAAGUCUUACCAAGUUAGCAUUUAGUCUUUAUGGCUUGUUCUCCUUUGCCCUGUUUCCUGUGACUCUGAAGAAGGGUGGGUGAGGGGAUGUGAGUGAACCUCAUUAAUGCCACUAUUGGAGAAGCAACACAAAGAAUGAGUUCUUCAGAGGGGAUCAGAAGUAUUAUUUUUAUGCAAGAUACUACUUUAUGACUGUUCUGUGCUUUGAAAGGAAACACAACAAAAGAAGCUCAUGGCUAUACUAGAACAGUCUGUUGCCACAUUCUCAAGGAUCCUCUAACAGUGAAAUUUAAAUUCGUUUAAAGUCAGUGUAAAUAUAGAGUGAUUUCUGACAGUAAUCAAAAUUGUGUUGCCCUGGUACAUAAAAGUAGAUAUAGCCUAAUUAAAUAGACUAGAAAGCCCAGAAAUAACCCCUCAUGUACAUGGAAAUGAUCCUCAACAAGGGGAUCAGGAACACACACUUGGGGUAGGACAGUUUCUUUCACAAAGGGUUUGGGAGAACUGGAAUUCACAUGCAAAAGAAUAAGUUGAACCCUUAUACCAUAUUCAAAAAUUUAAUCAAAUGGAUUGAAGACCUACAUGUCAAUCUACAAACCAUGGAACUUUAACAAAAAGUAGCGGAAGUUUCAAGAUAUUAGAGUUGGCAAUGAUUUCCUAGAUAUGACACUAAAAUCACAACUAACAAAAGCCAAAAUAGACAAAUGAUACUAAAUCAAUGGAAAACUGUGCAUGAAAGGACACAAGUGACAGAGUAAAAGGGAAAUCUAUAGGAUGGGAGAAAAUAUUUUAAAAAGAAGAAAAACAUAUGUAGGGUAGUUUCUGCUUCUGCUCCUUCUGAUGCCAGCUUCUAGCUCACUUCAGGGUUCCCUUCUCUCACCACAUGGGAUAUGCAGUGACAGGACUAGUGCAAUGGAGAGUGACCUUCUUGUUGUCCUCGCUGCCCUCCCCAUUUCUGGCAGGCUGCCCUUGCUCACCCUGUCAGUCAGUACUUCAGAGCAGUCUUCACCACAGACCUGUGAUAAAAGAACAGUCUUCUUUGGUCCCUCCAUCCCCAUCAGAGUUCUCUAGGUUUCUUCGGGGGGUCUGAGUAAAAGGAGAAGCCGGGAAGGUUGUGCAGAGGACCUUUUUAUGUUGGCUCUUUACACCUCGUCACCAACUGUAAGAGUGGAAGGGAGAAUCUUGGCCUCUGCACCUGAUUUAGGAGUGAGGAGACCGGAAAGGUCAGAAAUCGGCUGCUUGGAAAAACAAAGGUCUGGGAGACAAGAUUCUCUAAACUAACUCAGUCGGUGACCUCUCCACAAAGUCCUGCUAGCGGGAGGCAGAGGCCUCAGUGCCUAGCGCCCUCCUGUCCCUGUCUCUGUGGAGCCCUCAGCCCUUCCCAACCAUGAGCUCUGUCUUCCAACCUCUGUGGACCCUUGGAGCCACCUCUCAUCAGUGGGACCAGGGCAGUCAUCAUGGACUCUUUAAAUUCACAUCUCAGCAGGACUCAGGAUAGGGCGUCUAGUCCCAUAAAGCCAUGUUGCACCCUGAGAUUAGGCCCUGUGGAAAUAUUGCUACUAGAUCAGGAACAUUUGGGAUGGAACAUAAGUAAACACUGAGGUCAAGAAGCAAAAUGUCUUGUUUUUAAAUUUCUAUUUGUAUUCUUUGCCCAGUGCUCUCCUACUCUUGAUCUACUGUUUUCUCACUGGCUUGUGGAGCUUAUGUAUCAUAACAUCCUUUGUAAUUUGAUGCAAAAAUAUUUAGUUUGUUGUUUAUAUUUUAAUUAAUUUGGGUUUUUUGACAUGCAGAAGCUUUAAACGUUAAGGCAAUCAAUUGUUUCUAUCUUUCCCUUUGUAAUUUCUUUA